UACAUAUUAAAAAAAAAAACACUUUCAAAAAAUUCCAAAUUUCCAUUCAAGAUGUAAAGUGAAGAACAUAUAUGGGCUUUCUCCAUUGCCCGCAUUUCAAGCUUAUACCCAAACCCAUAUAAAGGGUCCAAAAACUAUUAAAGUUUUCUUUUUUUUUUCCCCUCACUCCGUUCUGCUACUCUGUUUUCUCUCAAGAAGCGUGAUGAUUCAGGCUCAAUUCUAGCUCGCAAUUUCACAAACACAUUGGGUGCAUGAUGAUUCGAUUUGUGUAAUCUACAGGGUGUUGGUUGAUUGAAGCCUUGAAACUCAAUAUGAGUGCUAAAGUUGAACAUUCAUCAACCACUGGAGCUGUGAUGCCCCCAGCUUCAACAGCAAGCGGUGUAAAAGUUUCCAAGUUUGCAACAAAAUCUGGGUUUCUAAUACCAAAGAAUAAACUAUCUGGUUCUUUGAUUCCCAUUUUCCGGGGGAGUAAAAAGGGAAUUGUUGAUGCAUCAAAGGAGGACAAUGAUAAACAAGUGCAGAGAAAAACCAAAUGGGGACCUGAUUUGACUCAAGAUACAGCUGUUAAAAGAGGAAGAGCCUUAGCAUAUCAGACUCGGGUUGACCAAAUAACUGAGGAGCUAAGAUGGGGGAAGUCGAAGACCUGGGAUAAUCAAGAUUUGGCAUCUCAAGUUCCGGACAUCAACUCUUCAAACCAUCAGUAUAAAUCUCAGGAGCUAGAAACCUUGGAACUUGAGAAGCGAGAAGCUAUUGGUGAAUUAUUGAAGUUAAAUCCACGCUAUAAGGCCCCUGCUGAUUAUAAACCCUUGCUAAAAGAAGCUAAAGUUCCGAUCCCUAUAGCUGAAUGUCCUGGACAUAAUUAUGUUGGUUUGAUAUUUGGCCCUGGAAAUGACACUCAUAAACGACUGGAAAAGGAAACUGGUGCUAAAAUACGAGUCUAUGGUUUAGAAGCAGAUACAGGACUGGAGGUUCAAAUUUCUGCCACUGAUGGAAGUGAUACGUAUGGAGGUUACAGUGACUUUCAUGUUCAUAUAUCAGCUGACACAUAUGAGAAGGUUGACGCUGCAGUGGCUCUGAUUGAGCUGCUAUUUAUGCCAGUUUCAGGACAUCCUGCUUCCGGUUCCAUCCCUUCGGUGUGCAGUGAGAAUGUGAAUAGUAAUGCUAUUGCUCAAGGUAAACCUAGCAACGACAUGGGUGGUGCUGCGGCAAGUGCUCAACCAAAUAUGGCAGCUGAAUUGAAUGAUUUUCCGCAGAGUACAGGGCCAUGGUUUUCAUUGACCGAAAUGUCUCCACCCUUCAAUCCCUCAAUGUUUGGUCCUCGAUCAAGUGCGUCUGCUGGUUUUACUCCCGUUCCGCAAAGCCCCGCAUUUGUCCCCUUGGGGCCAAGGCAACCACCAGUAUCGCAGCAUCAGUAUCUACCCCAGCCACCACCCGUACAUCAUAUUGGCGCUCCUAGAAAUAUGUUUAUGCCAGUUUCACAGUCUGCAUCUAUUCGAUCAAAUAUGACGCCCUCUCAAGUUUUAUCUAAUCAAGCUGCUGGUGCUGAGCCUGGCCCAUUUUUCAGGCCUCUUAUACCCUCAUUGCCUCAGUCUUCUCAUGCGGCAACUCUUUUGGACCAGCCACAGGCUCCUUCUGGUUGGUCUAAAGCACCAUCUGAGAACCAAACAUUAAUAGGCUCCGGAACUAUGAUGCCUAAGGCACCUGCAGUUAGUGGUUCGUGGGGCCCAUCUCCCCUGGCUUCACAACCAGCUAGUGCUGCUGUCAAUAACCCCAUCAGUGUACCAUUCUUUAACUCUGGUGCACAAUCACAAAUGGGGUUUUCACCUACUCAGUUGUCUCCAGCAGUAGCAUCACCUAUACCAUUUCAAGGCCCUCCUCCAUCCGUUGCACCAAUGCAGCCUGUUGUACCACAGAUUCCUAGAGCUAAUUCAUCUCUUAAUGUAGUUCCCGGAUCCACCCCUCUUCUUUCACCCAUGCAGUCUAACCCGGCACUACUUCCAGUUUCUGGUUCUGGAGGUGCUGGAAGUUUUAAUCCUAUGGCACCUCCACAUAUGAUUGGUCCUAGACCACAACAACCCAGUGCGAGUGAUUUUACUUUUCAACCUCACAGGCCGCAACAUGCAGAAUUUGAAGUGUCUAAUAGGCCUCAGGUUCGGCCUAUUCAUGUAACUCCGAACCAGUCAUUGCUGCCACCUCAGGGAUCCCAAAAUCCAUUUGUUCAGCCACCAAUUCACAAUUUGAGAUCUCCAUUCAUGGCUCAUGGUUUCGGAAGACCCAGUGUUGGGAGUCAGAUGGUGCACCCUGGAGCUCAAACUUCUUUGGACUUUCAGGGAAGCUUAUCAGGAAUUCCACCUAGGCAUGCAGCAAAUGCAGGCCCUUUAAUGCAGCCAAGGAACUUCAACAUGGCUCCACCACCUGCAAACUCUGGUGCUGUGUUCCCUGGACCUGGGGAUCCCUUGCAAUUUCAGCACAACCACCCCGCUGCAGCGACAAGGCCACAGGGUUUUGUUCCUCCAAAUCCGCAGAUCAACAGUAAUGCCACCUUUAAUAGGCCAUCUCCAAACUCUUUCAGAUUUCCGCAAGUAUACGAUCCCUUCUCGCCGACAUCCGUGUCUCACAAUCCUCGGCCGAGCAAUAAUGGAGCAAUGAGGCCGAAACAGGAGAGCAAUGACCCUGAAUAUGAAGACCUGAUGGCUUCAGUUGGUGUAAAAUGAUGUAAACAAUGGUUUUGAGUUUGAGAUGCGAAGCUUUUAACCUAAAAAAGAAAAAAAACACGAAAUGUAAUAGAGGAUAGUUACGAUCAUCAGGUGCCCCCUGACAUUGUGGUGUAUUAGGCUGAUCAUUUGUACUUGUAAUUUUAUAUUGAAGAAAGCAGGUGAAGUUAAACUUCUGCUUGGAUGACAAUGUUUUCAUCUUAUGUUCGUUCUGUGAACACGAUACGAGUUUUGCAAAGAAAUUGUUUAAUGAGAGUUAGC